UCAGGACGCGUGCGGCAAAGAGCAAGCCGUACUGUAGCGCAAACAUACGAUUCUACAAACAUUGUUUAUUUCAUGAAUGAAAUACGCGGCAAGGAGUUGUACAUGUGCUAGAAAACGAAUCUCAAGACGUAAAGGUACUUAAAUUCUUCCCGUGCCCUUGGCUAUCCUUAAGCAGCGAGUGUUUACCAUGGAUGUGAAUGACGCGAAACCCGAGCUCAAGAAAUCUCCCUCGGCAGAGGAGAAAUAUAAUUGUUAUUGCGGAAAGGAAAGAAAUCUCAACAUAGUGGAGUUGCUCUGUGCCACCUGCAGUAGGUGGUUCCACGAGUCCUGCAUCGGGUUUCAGCUUGGCCGCCUGGUACCGUUCAUGAUGAACUACGUGUUUGUGUGCAAAAACUGCUCCAUGACGGGGUUGGAAAGCUUCCGCAAGGUGCAAGCCUCGAUACCCCAGAUGUGCAUUACGGCGCUGGCGAACCUGCAGCAAACGGCGGCCAAGGAGGGCAAAGCGCGGCUAAUGUUCAGCAAGGACAAGGACAUUAUACCGUACAUGGAUCACUACUGGGAGGCAAUGACGACCAUGGCGCGCAGAUCGACUCAAUCCUGGUACGCGACCGUGCAGCGCUCGCUAAUAAAAGACAUCAACACGCUGUUUUCGUACGAGGAAAGUAACGAGCAGGGACAAAUGUAUGGGCUGGCCAAUACGGAUCUUACCCAGAUUAAGCCGACGUAUGACGAAGCAACCGCAUUGGCCACGCAAAACUUUUCGAAAAGCAGACAACAGAAGCGAAAGCUGCCCAACAGUGAGCAAAGCGGGGCGCUUGGAAAGAAGAGCCGCCUCGGCACGGAUGUCGGUGCGCUGGUCAAGCUGCCAGCCCACGGCUACCCGCUGGAGCAUCCGUUCAACAAGGAUGGAUACCGGUACAUACUGGCAGAACCCGACCCGCACGCACCGUUCCGGCAAGAGUUUGACGAAAGCGCUGACUGGGCAGGCAAACCGAUUCCGGGCUGGCUGUAUCGAGUGCUGUCGCCGAACGCGGUGCUGAUCGCGUUGCACGAUCGUGCUCCCCAGCUAAAGGUAUCCGAGGAUCGACUGUCGAUAACGGGCGAGAAGGGUUACUGCAUGGCACGGGCUUCUCAUUACGUCACUAAAGGAUGCUGGUACUGGGAAGCUACCGUGGAGGAUAUGCCCGAUGGUUCGGCCUGCCGUCUGGGAUGGGGACAGGAGUAUGCCAAUCUGCAGGCACCACUCGGUUACGAUAAGUUCGGAUAUUCGUGGCGGUCGCGAAAGGGCACCAAAUUCCACGAAUCACACGGCAAGCAUUACAGCGCGGGGUAUGGAGAGGGGGACACGCUCGGCUUUCUAAUCACACUGCCGAGCGAUAAUCAGGCAAACCAGGCAUCGAACACGUUCAAGGACCGGCCGCUGGUAAAGUUCAAAAGCCAUCUGUAUUACGAGGACAAGGACCGUGUGAAUGAAACGCUGAAGGCGCUGAAAGUGCAGCCGGGCAGUAAGAUUCACUAUUUUAAGAACGGCGUCUGUCAGGGGGAGGCAUUUGUGGACGUGUACAAAGGUGCCUACUAUCCGGCAAUAUCGUUGCACAAAAACGUAACGAUCAGUGUGAAUUUUGGACCGAAAUUUAAGCACCCAGAGGUGCUGAAAGAGUUCAAAGCCCAGUCGAUGCACGAACGAGUGGAAGAAAUGAUCUGCGAGCAAACCAUGGCCGACAUGAUGUACUUUACGGAAAAUGAUGGAAAGCUUCGACUCGACACCUACAGCAUCUAAAUGGCGAUCCUGUUGUUUGGAGUGGAACGGAAUAAACACUCAGAAGAUGCUACAAACAAUCAUUUGUAACAUUGCCCCAUAA